AAGGGGUAUAGCAGCGAAAGAAAAAGAAGCGGGCUGCUUUUAGAGAAUGAGAGGGAGAUAGAGAGAGAGGACAUCCUAAUGCGACAAGGGCUGCAGCUUGACUAAAUUGAGUGGCGCAGAAGGGGGGGAGACAGGAAACAGAGCGUGAGCGACGACAAACGGAGAUAGAGAGAGAGGGGGAGAGAGAGCGAGGUAGAGAGAGAGGGAGGGACAACAAAGAUCUGUCAGAUGAGGCUAGAGACGCUUCUAUUAUCUGAAAAUCCCGUGUGGUCUCCUUUAUUACAGGGCGUUCUGAGCGGGCUGCAUCAGUGUGUCUCUUGCGCAUGAUCAGCCGUCUACACAUCCCUUCUGGCCGGAGUGAACCCACAUCUCAGCAUCUCUCCGCCAGCAGAGAGAAAGAAAUAAAAACGCUCGCUCUCCUCCGCUAAUUGAGGCACUGAUAAGCCACUUCUAAUUUCCUCCUGGUGUGGUGCAGAUCUGGUUCUGAUCCUGUUCGGUCCAGUUCUGAUCAGAGUGUGAGAAUGGGGCUUUUGCUGUUUCUGUUGAGCCUCAGCUCCUUAGCUCUGAGCUACGCUGUCGGCGGGCACGUGUGCAUAACGGGUCAUGACAGUGGACCAGUGUUUGAAGAGCAGCCCAGCAGUGUGGUCUACCCAGAGGGACUCAGUGAGGGCAAAGUCACUCUCAACUGCCAGGCUAGAGCCAGUCCUGCUGCUACGUACAGCUGGCGCGUCAAUGGUACAGACGUCCCUGUAGGUGACCCCCGGUACACGCUGGUAGCCGGUAACCUGGUGAUCAGCGGUCCCCAGUUCGGCCGUGAUGGAGGCUCCUACCAGUGUCUGGCCAUCAACCGCUGUGGCACCAUACUCAGCCGGGCCGCCAACCUCAAAUUCGGCUACCUUCAUGACUUCCCUGGGGAAGGGAGGAGCCCACAGACGGCUUACGAGGGAGCAGGUGCCUUCCUGGCCUGCCAGCCCCCCGCCCACUACCCAGCUCUUUCCUACCGCUGGUUCGUUAGCGAGUUUCCUAGCUUCAUGAAGCCUGACGGGGGUCGGUGGUUCGUUUCCCAGGUAACGGGCAACUUGUACCUGGCCAAGGCGGAGCCUAACGAUACAGCAAGUUACUUCUGCUUCACCACCAUCAACAUGGACAUUAGCACCAAAAGUACCUUCAGCAAGGCUAACCAGCUCACCGUGCAGCCAAAUGCCAACGCCAGGAAGUCAGCUCCUGCUAUCAAAGUGGGUUUCCCAGCAGAGACGUAUGCCCUGACAGGACACACUACCCAGCUUGAAUGCUUCGCCUACGGAAAUCCCGUCCCAAAGCUCCGUUGGAGGAAGGUGGAUGGUCUGUUGCCGUCUAAGGCCGGGGCUAGUGCAGAGGGACCCAUCCUCACACUGCCUGAGAUGACCUUCCAUGAAGAGGGGGUGUAUGAGUGUGAGGCCUACAACUCUGAGGGCCGUGACACACAACAAGGACGCAUCACAGUGCAAGCACAACCAGAGUGGCUGCAGGUGAUGAGUGACUCUGAGGUGGAGAUCAGCUCUGAGCUGCACUGGACUUGUGUUGCAGCAGGCAAACCAAGACCCUCCAUACGCUGGCUACGCAAUGGACAGCCCCUUAGCACACAGGACCGGGUGGAGGUCAAUGGGGGUCGUCUGAAGGUCAUCAACCUGGCCCUGGAGGAUUCUGGGAUGUAUCAGUGUGUGGCUGAGAACAAACACGGCACCAUCUACUCCAACGCCGAGCUGAGGGUGCAAGUCCAAGUCCCAGACUUCCGCUCCAACCCGGUGAGGAGGCUGGUCCCAGCAGCCCGAGGAGGGCAGGUGAUGAUGGAGUGUCGGCCGCGAGCCGCCCCCAAACCCACCCUGUUCUGGAGCCGCGGUACUGAGCUCCUUACCAACAGCAGCAGGGUGACAGUGACUCCAGACGGGAUGCUGCGAAUCCACAACAUCAGCAGGGCCGAUGAGGGGAAGUAUACCUGCUUUGCUGAGAACUACCUGGGCAAGGCCAACAGCACUGGACACCUGUCUGUUAGAGAUGCCACUAAGAUCACCUUGGCUCCCUCUAACGCUGACAUCAACCAGGGGGAGAACGUCACGCUGCAGUGUCACGCUUCACAUGACCCCACCAUGGACCUCACCUUCACCUGGGCUCUCAACGGAGCUCUGCUGGACCUGGAGGACCCCGGUGGACCGUACCACCGCGUGGAGGGGAAGGAGACCGUAGGUGACCUGUUGAUAGUGAGUGGUCAGCUGAGUCAGGCAGGUACAUACAGCUGUACAGCUCAGACCGUGGUGGACAGCGCCUCAGCCUCUGCUAAACUGGUGGUCAGAGGUCCCCCGGGACCUCCCGGCGGUUUGGUGGUGAAGAACGUUGCCGCGACGUCGGUGGAGUUGCGGUGGAGUCGUGGCUAUGACAACCACAGCCCCAUCGGGAAGUAUGUUAUCAUGGGUCACUCGCCGCUGUCUCCUGGUUGGAAGAGGAUGAGGACAGACCCAUCUAACAUUGAAGGCAAUGCUGAGUCGAUUCGUGUGGUUGGCCUGUUGCCAUGGAUGGACUAUGAGUUCCAGGUCAUCGCCAGUAACAUCCUGGGCAGUGGAGAGCCUAGUAUGUCCUCUCACACCAUACGCACCCAGCAAGCAGCUCCCACAGUGGCCCCUAGUGGACUAGGUGGAGGAGGAGGAGACCGCAACGAACUCAUCAUCACCUGGACGCCCAUGGCCAGAGAGUACCAGAACGGAGAUGGCUUCGGCUACAUCCUGGCAUUCCGGAAGCAGAACUCUCCGACGUGGGUGGUGGAGCGUGUUUCCAAUGUGGAGUCGUCUCGCUACGUUUAUUCCAACCAGAGCCUGUCUCCCUACUGCCUCUUUGAGGUGAAGAUCAAAGCCUACAACCGUAAAGGAGAGGGUCCCUUCAGCCAGAUCGCUGUGGUGCACUCUGCAGAAGAGGAGCCCACGGUGGCGCCCUCGAGGAUCAACGCAACGGCUCUGACAGCGUUCGAGAUGCAGGUAUCGUGGGACCCCAUCCAACAUCUCAGCACCAACGGUAUCCUCCAAGGAUACGAGAUCCGGUACUGGCGUCAGCAUGAGCGGGAGGCGUCUGCAGACCGUGUGCGUACAGCUGGGCUUGAGACCACGGCUCGCGUGGUGGGACUGAGACCCAGCACCCGGUACCAUGUUACCGUAAUGGCCUACAACAGCGCUGGCACUGGACCAGCCUCACCCAGAACCACUGUCACUACCAGGAGACCACCUCCUAAUCGUCCCCCUGGCAACGUGUCCUGGAAGACUGAUGGCUCAUGGGUAACUGUUAGGUGGGAUCAUGUCAAGACCCUGGACAAUGAAUCAGCCGUACUGGGUUACAAGGUCCUGUACAAGCACGAGGGCCAGUCUGCUCUGAAGGUUCUGGACAAGGGGAAGACGUCUGUGACCCUGCCCCUACCCAAAGACAAUGGCUACGUGGUCCUGGAGAUACGCUCCUGGGGGGAGGGGGGCGACGGAGCCGCUCAAGAGACCAUCGUCUCCCGAGACUCAGGAACUGGAAUGAUGGUGCAGAACCAGGCGGGAUCCCCAUGGUCCAAUCAUGCUCCUCUCCUGCUCACCGCCACUCUCUCCAUCACUCUCAUUGGCUUACUGGACCUGUGAUCUACAACAAUCCCUGGACAUUAUGUUUCAUGGUCUAAACCGAUUGGUCAAAUUCACCUAUCUGGAGUUUUGUUGGGGUGGGGUUAAGGGAUGAAUUUGAAUAGGUGCGGAGGGAUGUGUGGGGUAAUAUUUUGAAACAAGGGGGAUGGUGGGAGUUGUCAAAAUGACGAAUGGUUAUUUUAUUCUUUUUACAAGAAAAUCAAAGAGGGUAAUUUUUUUAUGUGUGGGUUUCAAGUGGGGUUUCAAGUGGGUCAGACUACCUGAUUGUCAGUUACAUUGGUGUCGUUAGAACCAUGCCUUAUGGGGAUAAGAGAGGCCUUUGUGCUUCACAGCAAUAUGUCACUCUCUCCAUGUCUCCUGGCUUUCCCUACUCUGCUAUAAACCCAAGGCUCACUGGCGUAUGUCACCCAAAUCAGCCUGUGUAUGUAGAGCAUCAUGUGUACAUACCAUAGAGAAUGAAAGAGGACUCUAGUGCCCAAAAGCACGUUUUAGCUUGGGCUGCGCAAUUGAGGACUUUCACCAUUCUGAAGUUGUCAAAUGGGUGGGACAUCCUAUGGGUUAAGGAAGGAUCACAUAAUUCCAUCCAGGUCAUCAGGAGGGAUCAGCCAAUGAAUUAUACUUGUGAUCAAACAUUCCGUAACUGCAGGUGGCAGUAAAUCGCCAACCUUCCCUUUAUACCUGUUUAAACAACACACUACCAGGUGGCAGUAUGCACCCUUUCAGUUUUUUUACCAACUCAUAGAAGUAGUAGUAGAAGAAAAUGUACUACUUCAAAAUGGAGAUGGUCUCAAUGGCGCUGCCCGUGCCCUCACAGACACCAUAAUGGGACAGGUACAAUGAUGAGUCCUCUAUAAUUAUCUAUGGUACAUACAUACAGAACAGUAGACAACAUCUUUGGUUCCCUCAUACACUGACCAACUCAAACGUUUGUAUCUAGAAUAAGAUGAAGGGGGACAAAACAGUGAUGUCAUAAAUCUCAUGAUUUUUGAGAAAGUCUACUUCAAAUGGAACUCACUGUAAAUAGAACGCUAACUUAGUCUACUGGUUUUUCUUAUGACACAGUCUGUUUAAAAUGGUCCAUUUUCUCUUUGGAUUUUCUGCCUGUGCAUUUGAUUGGUUGCUUUAUUAUUUGUUUGCGAUGGCAGCAUCAGGAUGAAUAACUUCAAUGGUCCAAAUGAAUGUUUACCUUUUUUAUUGUUUAUGUUUAGAUGAGAGAACUCAACUUGAUAAAGAGCUUCAUCAGUUCUUUCAACAGCAAAAAUACAAUGAAAGUGUGAUCACAAAGUACAGAGUUAUCGUUAGUAUUAUUAUUAAUGCACCAUUAUUCUGUCACCCGUUAUCUAUUAACUUUUAUGUAACAUGUCCUGUUGUUCAUUAACUGUUAAUCAUGCAACACACCUGCCAUAAAUACUGUCUGUCUGAGAAGGUUUCACAGCAAGGAUACGACAUCUACAUUUACAUUUAAGACAUUUAGCAGACGCUCUUAUCCAGAGCGACUUACAAAUUGGAUAGUUCAUACAUAUUCAUCAUGGUCCCCCCGUUGGGAAUUGAACCCACAACCCUGGCGUUGCAAGUGCCAUGCUCUACCAACUGAGCCACACGGGACCAAGGAACAUACCGCAUAUGCUAGCUAAUCAUGAAGGCCCUGUGAUAUUGAUUUGGGUGUAAAGCAAAGAGAAUUCCCGCAAGCUAUUUAGAUGUUCCCGAUGUUUCCAGUUACAAUAGCAACAUGUCAACCACUGUCUUUGUCAAGUGUUAUGCCACUGUACAUUAAAACCGUGGCAGCUUUUGAACAGUGGGUCUUCUCCUAUAUUUUCCCAUCUGAUAACUCCUGCACCUAGAAAGUCUGUGGAAUGUAUGUUCAGUACAUUGAACUAUUGAUUUUGGACGUAGCCAAGAAGUUCAAUGGUAAACUGCUGUUCCAACACAGUGUGUCUGUUCUCAAUAUAACUACUGUUAGAUACAUCUUAACGUGAAACAAGAUGGCAACUACUGUAUGUUUUAUAUUGUUGUUUUGUUCCAUUUCUGUUGGUCUGAACCAUAUAAAGGCAGGUUGGCCAGUAGCAGUACGUUUGUGCUGCUACAUGUUGUUCUAUGCAACAGUUCUAGGAACCAAGAAGCUCUGCGGCACUCCAGGGUUUGUUAGUCAUCACUAAUUGUAAUUCUAUGAUUUCAAAACAUCUCAGGAGUGUAGGAAUCAAACAAUACAUUUUAUGGUUUGCAAGGGGUCUUUUUUUGUUAUUUGUUAAAGUCUGGGAGUUGAAAACGGUUUGUUGAGCAAGUGGUUGGAUGAUGGACCACUUGUUUUUUCCAGUGCUGUCUGCUAGCUACAUCUCACAUUUUAGGGCCAAAGCUGUAUAGAAGUUAUUGUUUGUUUUAAACAGACAUCAACUGAUUGUCAACAUCAGAAUGAGCUAGAUACAAACACACUGGAUAUGAAACAUUUUGAUGACAAUCUGUUAGUACAGCAACAACGCCACUAUACCCAGAGUACCCAGUUUUGACAGUCACGUUGUUUUCAUAAUACAUUGAUGUAUUCAACACCUGUCAGUUUUGAUGUUUCAGACCCGUAGUGUUGUUUUGAUUCCAGUGUGUGAAGCCACCCAAUCCUGUGCCUGACAGUGUUCAGGUCAUUUUCUAUUGGAUCAGGACUGUUGCGUUUUAUAAACUGUUUUGGUAUGUUGAUCACUGUACCUUAAAAUAAAGAGGGCAGCUAAAAAAGAGAAGACGUGACUGUCCAUACGUCUUAUAGUAAUGAGUUACUUGAGGAAACACAAACUCUCACUUUGACGUUGAAGACAAUGAAUGCAUGGUAAUACUGUCGUUAAAACUGCAGAACAAGGACAUCAACUUGACUCUCAACAUGCCGGUCAAAGUAUAGUCAAACAUAUUGUUGAUGAUAUAUCUCAUUUAGCAGCUUCUGCAGGGUCAAUCAGUUACUAAGGCCUGAUAUGCUGAAAGCCACUGGACCACUCAGCUCUGUACACUGUAUCACAUCUAGCUGUUCAAUAAUGUUUAAGAUAAACUGAUACAGCCACCAACUGGGAAAGCAGCCUGUGUUCCCGUAAACACAGGAUAGGAGUUACUAUGGUAAAGACAUAAACUGAGCAUACAAAACAUUAGGAACACCUUCCUAAUAUUGAGUUGUACCCUCUUUUGCCCUCAGAACAGCCUCAAGUCGUCGGGGCAUGGACUCUACAAGGUGUUGAAAGCGUUCCACAGGGAUGCUGGCCCAUGUUGAUUCCAAUGCUUCCCACAGUUGUGUCAAGUUGGCUGGAUACCCUUUAGAUGGUGGACCAUUCUUGAUACACACGGGAAACUGUUGAGUGUGAAAAACCCAGCAGUGUUGCAGUUCUUGACACACUCAAACAUGUGCGCCUGGCACCUACUACCAUGCCCCGUUCAAAGGCACUUAAAUCUUUGGUCUUUCCCAUUCACCAUCUGAAUGGCACACAUACACAAUACAUUGUCUCAAGGCUUAAAAAUCAUUCUCUAACCUGUCUCCUACCCUUCAUCUACACUGAUUGAAUUGGAUUUAACAAGUGACAUCAAUAAGGGAUCAUAGCUUUCACAUGGAUUCACCCGGUCAGUCUGGAAAGAGCAGAUAUUCCUAAUGUUUUGUACACUUAGUGUAUUUGUACACUGGAUCUCACUUAUCAUCGGUCUGUAGAUACUGUACUGUACUGUACUGUGCUGCUAGAGUACAGUUGUUAGCACAUACUUAGCUCACAACUCAGAGCCUACUGUUUGGUGGGUAGUGUUGUUCCUUCCUCACCCAGCACUGGUAUAGGUCUGAGAAGACGCACAAGUACACGUGAUCUGCACUUGCUUAUUCUACCCCAACGGGGAAGGUUGCCUCAGCCAUGGAAUGUUGUUGCCCUUUUGGUUAUGUACUUAAUGCUAGCUUAUUCAUUUGUGUAUGUGUGUGUGUGUGUAAAUGUGUUUGUUAACGCAACGCUUUUCAUAUUUAAAACUACCAUCAGAUAUCUCUGUAAUACUAAGGUGACAUCAUGUCCAAAAACUGUUAUCGGAAUGUUGUGUCAACUUCAGGAAGUCUGAUUGGUCGGUUCAUCUCUCACUUCGUGGUGGAAGCUAUGAUGGUGCUCGAAGUAGAUGUUGCCCGUAACCACAGAUCUGCGAUCAGUUACUCUCCCCCUAAUACUAGCCUGAAGCAUUAAGGGGGUGAAAACACUGUCCCUGUAUCAGUGGUUAAAAAGGGCAACCUCUCUGUUAGGAUGUGUUUGUCUGUCAGCUGGCCGGGCUGAAAUGUUGAUAUGUUAUGAUACCAUUUGGCCAAUCUAAAUCUGUGGUUGAAUGGGAAUGUGAAGGGGGGAUGGCACUUGUAAAUAUGACUAAAUAAACACCUUGGGGUUGUAUUUAAAACGUU